AUGAAUUACUCGGAUGAGGAGAAGCCGAUGAAGCGCGAGGCUCAACAGACGUAUGAGGUGCAAGUCGAGAUUCCUGAUGAGCCUGAUUCAUUUUUCAGCAUUCAUAAACUUUGGGCAUUCACGGGACCCGGAUUCUUGAUGAGCAUCGCUUAUUUGGAUCCGGGAAACAUUGAAAGCGAUUUGCAAGCCGGAGCAAUCGCCUAUUACAAGCUCAUUUGGGUUCUCCUCGUUGCUCACAUUAUGGGUUUGCUGCUCCAACGACUCGCGGCGAGAAUCGGAGUUGUCACUGGCAAACACAUGUCCGAGAUCGCUUAUUCAUAUUAUCCGAAGGUGCCGAGACUGAUCCUCUGGAUUAUGGUCGAGAUUGCAAUCAUCGGAUCCGACAUGCAAGAAGUCAUCGGCACUGCCAUUUCGUUAUACCUUCUUUCCAAUGGAGCAAUUCCACUUUGGGCUGGUGUUCUCAUCACAAUUUUCGACACAUUCACAUUCCUGUUCCUCGAGAAAUACGGCAUCCGAAAAUUCGAGGCAUUCUUCUGCUUCCUCAUCACUUGUAUGGCUGUCACAUUCGGCUACGAAUUCGGACGAAGCGCGCCGUCGGCGGCGAAAAUCUUCACCGGAAUGUUUGUGCCGUGGUGCGAUGAUUGCGACAACAGCCAGCUGAUGCAAGGCUUCGGAAUAAUCGGAGCGGUCGUGAUGCCGCACAAUUUCUACCUACAUUCUGCCUUGGUCAAGAGUCGCAAAGUGGAUCGAAGGCGCAAGGAAAAAGUGGUUGAAGCGAAUAAAUACUUCUUCAUUGAAAGCUUCAUCGCGCUCUUCUUUUCGUUUAUCAUCAACACGCUCGUCAUCGCGGUAUUCGCUCAAGGAAUGUAUGGAAAAACGAAUCGCGAUAUGAGGCAACUCUGCUAUAAUAACACUCACAAUGAAAUGCCGAAUUUCUAUAAAGUCGAAUUUCCGGACAACUUGGACCCGGUGACGUCGGAUAUUUAUCAUUCUGGAAUCUAUUUGGGAUGCGCAUUUGGAAUAUUCGCGUUGUACGUGUGGGCCAUCGGCAUCCUCGCCGCCGGUCAAUCAUCGACAAUGACUGGAACGUACGCCGGACAGUUUGCUAUGGAGGGAUUCAUUCAAAUCCGAAUGCCGCAAUGGAAGAGAAUCCUCAUCACAAGAUCUCUCGCGAUUCUUCCCACGUUGGCUGUGACAAUCUUCAGCGGUGGCAUCGACCACAUCUCGGGCCUCAACGACUUCCUCAAUUGUGUUCAACUCAUCCAACUGCCUUUUGCUGUCGUUCCGGUUCUCACGUUCGUUGCCGACGCCAAAUUGAUGUUCGAGUUCCGAUUGGCAAGUGUCUCGAAAGCCAUUUCAAUUAUUAUCUCACUCAUCAUUCUCUUUGUCAACUUCUACUUUUUGUAUGAUUGGGUUGAAACUACAUUCGGAUACAACGCUGUUUCGAUUCCGAUUUCCCUCAUUUUCGCUGUCAUCUAUUUUGCCAGUAUCGCUUAUUUGACAUACUAUUGCCUGGUUGCUAUGGACUUUUUGAAGCCAAUCAAAACGAAAUGGCUUCCACCUCCGAUUUAUAAUGAUUUCGAUGACCCAUGGAAUUGCGAUUCAAUCGAAUCUGCGAAAUUCUAA